AUGUCGUAUAGCGGCUUUGGCUACUAUGACGCCAGAACCCCCUCCGCUAAAAAGAGACUUAUACAUCCUUUAUUUCCGCAGAAUAUGAAAUAUCCAAAAACAACAAGUGGCAGGUAUUACCUCAUCAGGAAAAUAACACGUGGCCGACUUAGCAGAAUUAUGCUUGCAGCAAUUCCAUCCCCCACGGGCAGCCUAACACAGACCUCUUUAUCACAGGCGGCAGAGGCCACUGUGACAUAUGAACCGGAUGAAGGAGGCGAAGCUACCGUAACAUCAGAAAUAGAAAGGGUGUAUCAGAGGAUCCAUGGAACAUUUGAGGGAAAAUAUGGAAAUGUAUUAACAGAGAAAGAAAGGAAAAAGCAGAUGAAGAAUAUAUCCCUUUUUAAAGACAUGAACAAAUCAGAAAUGACUGAUAAGGACCUUUGGGACAAGAUUAAUAGUUUAAAGGGACCUAUAAGCAGCCCAACAAUCAUUUAUGUGUGGGAGUUUUUUCAUAUCCAUGAGCGCCGCAAGUACAUUGCUCUAGUGAAAGAGUUAGAGGACACCUAUAAAAUUAAGAGUGAACAUUUUAGUCAGAGAUGGAAAAAGAAUGAACCUUUUGUUAGAGCUGUUUUAGAUAAAUUAAUGGCGUCCUUAUUACGAAUAGACGAAUCGGAAAUGGACAAUAUCCAGGAAUUUAGUAGUGCAGGAUUCUUAUAUAGCCGAUGGGAAUUUCUGAGAUAUCUGGGAUUUAAGCGAAAAGAGUGGGCCCGUGUCAGAAAACUUCUAAAAGAGAAAGGAACCAGGGAGCUGGAAAUAGUUCUGCAGCGACAAAGGAAACCAUAA